AUGGCUCCUACACCGACGGCUGUCAACGGUCUCUUAAGACAAGUAAUACACUAUCAUCUUGACAACGCCUCCUACGAUAAUGCACUAUUUUUCUCCGAACGUUUGACGGCACAAGACUCAAGGUCCAGCGAGCCUGCAUACCUCUAUGCGUUAUGCCAUUUACGUCUUGGGGAUUUUCGCUCUGCUUACGACACGAGUAAGCUAAUAGGCCACCGAGGCGCUCACUUAGGCUGUGCUUGGGUUUUUGCUCAAGCUUGUUUGGCCCUCGAACGGUACAAGGACGGCAUCAACGCUUUGGAAAAAGCCCGGGGUUUCUGGGCAUCGAAAUGCAACUUGGGAAAACAUAGCGCGACAGCUCGGUCAGCUCUGCCUGAUGCGCCUGCUGUGCUAUGUCUCCUGGGAAGAUUGCAUCGCGGCUACGAUGAUAAGAAAAAGGCCGUUAGUUGCUAUGAGGAGGCUCUCCAGCUUAACCCUUUCAUGUGGGAUGCCUUCUCGGCUUUAUGUGACCUUGGUGUUACGGUUCGCAUGCCCAAUAUAUUUAAAGCCAACGACACCCUUGUUCAUAGCUUUGACGUCGAAGCUAGCCCGAUAAUAUCAUCGAGAGAAGGCUCUAUAGCAAUCGCCCCCGAUGUGCCCGCGAAAAAAUCCCAACGAAGCGCCACGGCAGAGGCUGGAAACGAUCCUUUUAGCUCAAGUCAUGCUCCUGCCAUUACCGAGCUGGCUAACGGUGAUUUUGGCCAGGAAGGUGAUAAGAGCGACUUUAUGCAGAAGAUCCAGGACGGACGUAUGCGCUAUGCAACAUCAACUAACAGCAGCUCUGGCUUUGACGGCAUGGAGACACCCCCAGGUCCAAUAUCAUCAUUCACAGGCUCGUCUCGCCUCGGUCAAUCCCACGACCCUCCCCAAGCGCCACCUCGCCGGACACGGCAAGCACAGGCCGUUGAUCAGGGGCAUGAGGCGCCUCCAAGAAUGAACUAUCGCAUAGGUUCCCGACGCACAAGGGCGCAAGAUAAGGGGCAGCAAGAGCAGUCAACAGAAAACAUAAUGACUGACGCAUCUAACUCGGCGCCUUCAGCAUCGUUGCGGUCGUCCAUACCAGCAGCGGAAAGGAAACGGACUGUAUCAGGACACCCGGCACAACGAGUCACAAACUCGGAAGAACCAGCGAUAACCCGGCGUAGUGCAAGACUCAAUAUGUUUAGACCAUCAUCGAAAGCAAACUCCGGCGCGACCACGAUAGGAACGUCAGCACCCAGGGAACUCAAGAAGGCGAGACCCCCAAUCUCUCGAAUCGUCCGACCUGGAUCCAGCGGCAAUAAUGUUGGCCGUGUUGUCAGUGGUAAUCGCAAACCUCUCGAAGACCCCCUACCUGAUGUUGAUCACGGCGAGGUCCAAAAGCCUAAGGACAUCCCCCCUCCCCCGCCUAUCCACAAGUCAUUGGAGUUGGAUGCUCAAAGGCUUGAAGAAGGACUCAAAUGGAUACUUGACCUUACGAAGAAGCUGGCCAAUGGAUACUACUCUUUGUCCCAAUUCCAAUGUACAGAAAGCCUCCAACACUUUCAAUCGCUCCCUGUACCUCACCAAAACACACCCUGGGUUCUUGCCCAGAUGGGACGAGCUCAUUAUGAGCAGGCAUCAUACGCCGAGGCCGAAAAGUUCUUCCGGAAAAUGCGAGUGCAAGCGCCUUCGCGCCUCGAGGAUAUGGAGGUGUACUCAACGAUCUUGUGGCAUUUGAGACGGGAGACAGAACUCUCCUUCUUAGCGCAUGAAUUGGUGGACUCAGCUUGGCUUUCGCCCCAGGCUUGGUGCGCACUUGGCAACGCCUGGUCGUUGGCACGCGACCACGAACAAGCUCUCAAGUGUUUCAAGAGAGCAACUCAGUUGGACCCCAAGUUUGCAUAUGCUUUUACCUUACAGGGACACGAGUAUGUAACAAAUGAGGAAUAUGAUAAGGCACAGACAGCAUACCGACAAGCGAUUUCCGCCGACAAACGCCACUACAAUGCCUAUUACGGUAUCGGAAGAGUUCAAGAACGCCUCGGCGCAUACGACAAGGCGUAUACACAUUUCCAUGCUGCUCAAAGUAUCAACCCCAACAACGCUGUCCUGAUCACUUGCAUCGGAACAGUGCUGGAGAAACAGAAGCAGAUCAUGCCCGCGCUUCAAGCAUACAGCAAAGCAGUAGAGCUCGCCCCUCGUGCCGCUCAGACUCGAUACAAGAAGGCCAGAGCUCUGCUUGCUGUUGGCCAACUCGAACCGGCACAAAAAGAGUUGAUGAUAUUGAAGGACUUGGCACCAGACGAGGCAACCGUCCACUUCCUUCUCGGCAAACUGUAUAGAAGCAUGGGCGAAAAGCAGCUCUCAGUGCGGCACUUUACUAUUGCUCUUGCCCUAGAUCCCAAGGCAAGCCAACAGAUCAAAGAAGCCAUUGAGAGUUUCGAGGACGACGUGGAGAUGGAUGACUCAAUGAUGUGA